AUGAUAAGAGAGCUCGAUUCUAAGAUUGAACCGAAGGACAUACACUGCAAUUUCGAAUUAGCCGCUAUCAACGGUCUCCUUGAAGUGUUCCCCGAGGCGAAUAUCGCGGGAUGUUACUUUCGUCUUCGUAUGCAGAAUUGUAGGAAACAGAUUGUUUCGGAGGGUCUAAUUCCCGAAUACAAUAAUGACUCGGAGUUUGCUAGUCAAGCCAGGAUGAUUCCAUCUCAGGCAUUCGUACCGAUCGAAGACAUCGAAGAUGCUCUGGAAACCAUGACGGACUAUUUGCCCGAAAGCCUCAAGCCUAUAUUAGAGUGGUCCAGCACGGCCUCUUGGAUUGGGGAAGUCUCUAAGAUUUACGUGGAUGGGACUUUUAGCUUGGCCCCUGACCUCUUCUCCCAAAUAUUUCUCAUUCUCGCGGAGCGUCCGGAGACCGUGACUCCAAUCUGCUACGCACUGAUGUCGAAUAAGUCCAAAGAAAGCUACUGCAAGAUGCUCGGCACGCUGACUCUCGGUUGGCCUAACUUCGAUCCGCAAGCGAUAUCCAUGGAUUACGAGAGAGCUUUAAUGAACGCGUUCACAGCGUACUCCCCCGUCGCAUAG